AGAAAGUGCGGCAGGAAGUUCCGCCUGGUAACCGCUCCCUGGCCUUCAACGGAAACAGCUCACUAACUGCGACAAGCUUUAUAAUUCAUUUCAAUAGAGGGGAGCUUAGUUGAGGACGAACCGCAGGACUUCAAUUAGAUUUUCAGAAAGUGGAGUUUACAAUUUGAGAGUUCCAGUGGAAUCGAUACUGCUUUUGAUGGUUCCUAUGUUACAAAACUUGAUGGGUAAACUACAGUGGCUUUCCAAAUGAACUUUUGGAUUUAGUGUGCGGAUUUUGAGGAUUUUUAAAUAACUGGUAUUAUGAAUUCUUUGGCUUCUCGUCUCCGUUUGUAUAAAGAACUGCCAGUUUGGGUUGUGGAAGAUCAUCAUGACGUGUUGCCUUACAUUUACCGUGCAAUGGGUUCCAAGCACUUGCCAAUCGGCGAUAUCACCUUGGUGCAUUUAGAUUCUCAUCCAGACAUGCUGAUUCCAGUGAAUAUGCCUGCAGAUACUGUGUUUGAUAAAGAUGCUCUUUUGAAUAAGCUAAGCAUUGAAAACUGGAUUAUGCCUGUAGUCUAUGCAGGUCAUAUCUCUCAUGUGGUUUGGCUCCAUGCAUUUUGGGCUCAGCAAAUCAAGGAAGGCAAGCACUCCUUUUCCGUUGGCAAAGACAUCUCAACCACAACCAUCAGGGUAACAAGUACAGAUACGUACUUUUUGAGUGAUGGGUUAUAUGUUACCGAAGAUCAGCUAGAUAACAAAAAAUCAUUGCAGCUGGAUGUAUUGACCGUACAAAUGUUUGAUACAAACUGUCAUGAGGAAGAAAAUACUGGAGUGUCUUCUUGCAAGAAAUCCAGAUUUGAAGAGCAAAACCGAAGUAUUUUAGAAAAUUCAGGUUCCCCAUUAUCAUGCGAUAUUCAGAAAGCAGUCUCGUAUGACUUUUCCACAGAAGAACACAGUGUUACAAAUGCCAAGUGCUCACAUUCAGAUAACUGCAGACUCGGGGCGAAAGAUGCUGAAGAUUUAUCUGAUGUGACUUAUUUAAAGACAAAAGUUAAUGACUGCUUUGAAAGGAGUAGUAUUCUGGAAGAUAUCCUUAAGGCUGUACACAAAGGAAAAGCCUAUGUCUUGGACAUUGACUUAGAUUUCUUUUCUGUCAAAAAUCCAUUCAAGGAUAUAUACACUCAAGAAGAAUAUGAAAUUCUUACACAACUUUACAGCUUUCAGAAGCCUGCAGUGGAUGCGUCAGAGGAAGUCUUACUAGAUUGUGUUGAUUAUCGAACCCAUCAGCUAGAAGACCUAGAAGCAGCCUUUGCAGAUCUUUGUGAUGAUGACAGUGAAGAGACAAUUUUGAAAUGGGCAUCAAGGCCUGGAAUGGAGUUACUUGAACAACUUGUACAUAGUCUUAAAGAGCGGAAUGAAACGCCAGACUAUGAAAUGGUGCAUCAGGCUGGUUUGACUUGUGAUUAUUCAGAACUUCCUCACCAUGUCAGCACCGAGGAGGAAAUUGAUGGCCUCAUAAGGGCUGUAAAGCAUCUUUUGAAGAACAUGCCUAAACCAACUCUAAUCACUAUUGCUAGGUCCAGUCUAGAUGAAUACUGCCCCCCUGAACAAGUGAACAGCAUUCAGGAAAGAACACUUAACAUGCUACAGUCUGUUUAUGGGACUCUGGAUAUUCACAAGGAAUAUUUAACCAGUUAAAGUGCAACAUAAAAAAUUGCUGGAGAGCCACUUAAUUGUGUAAUUUUGUGUGAUAAUGACUGAAGAGAAGAUCAUGUUGUGGUUCAUCAAAUUGCUGUAGUGUUGUCUUUUUUCCAGAUAUAAGUAUCAUGUCCACCAGUUGUGCCAGACAGCAUUAUAAUCUUGGAGAAAAAAACAAACAUAGUAUUUUGAGAUUACCAGGAAAGAAAUUUGUGUGGAGAAAAAAAAUUAAAACUACAUUUUUGGUGCCACUUUAUUACAUAACAGUAUGCAUUUAAAUGUUUUGCAAAAAAAGUAUGCAAGUGUGAGUAGUCUUUUUGCCCAAAUUCCAUUCAGUAUUUGGGCAUAAAAAAGCAGUAGAUUGUAAAAGUUUGAUUAUCAACAAAGUGUAGCAGCAGACCAGAUACCCAUUCUAAAGAAGGGAUGCUUAAUUGAAGUGGUUCAAAGUUCACUAAUGGAUUUUCAGUUUUUAAUAUCUGUGUAAGUGAUACUGCAUGUCCCACUUGCAGGAAUUUAUUCAGCAGUGUGCAUAAUUUUAUUAACUGCAGAAGAGUACAGUGUACAUGUAGCAAUGACUGUACAUUAAGCCCAUAACAACUGACCAUUUUUCAAAGGACAGUCCUGUAAUCACUAACUGUUGAGGCACUUUUAUAUGUUCGUAUAUAAAAACGUUUAUCUACAAAAUGAUUCAGUAUUUUUUUAUGAAAUUUCAUGGACUGUUACUGUCAAUAUUAUCUAUAAAACUGAACUCUUACCCUUAAAGCUUAAAGAGCAGCUGUGUCUUAAAUUUUAGUGAAAAAGUUCAAUUUGUAAUGCCAGUUUUUAUGUUUCAGCAUAAAAAAAUAAGCUCAGUUUUAUAAAGAAAUUCAGUCCAUUUUGUAUGAAAUCACUGUGUUUUUGGUAGCUUUUGUUUAUCACACUCUAAAGAGAAUUAAAAGGUGCACGUGUUCUCACCUGACUGAUUACUAAAUGUUGCAAGUUGUCAGUUUCCUAACUUCAAAUGGCAGUAUCUCCCUAGUGCUUCAGUGUGUCCUUAUGAAAUUCUUAGGACAAUAAUCCUACAUGGUAAUUGUUUGUUUGUGUCUUAAGGCUUUUCCCGGUUAGGGGUCACCACAACGGAACUCCGGUCUGCUAAUGAUUGGUAGUUGAUUAUUAUGUGCCAAGUUACCAGCUCUGACGCACAACCUUCAACGAAGGUACACCCAUUCACGCAUGUUUCCACGCAGAAGACGCUCUAACUACAUGGUAAUAAUUAUUUUAUUUGUCCUUCCUUGACCAUGUUAGUCCCAUUAGGCUAAUAGCCUAUUUUCAGGUGGAGGCCGGAGGUGGUAUUUAUACUACAAGGGAAAUUUGACCAGGGCAUAGGGAGCUGCUACUCUUUUUGAUAGGUGCCAUGGGAUCCUUAUACAUUCAUUAUGAGAUACCACUAACUCGGGCAGAUGGGACCUUGGUUUAACAUCUCAUCCAAUGGACAGCACACUCAGGAGUAUAGCACUGCAUUGUCAGCAGUGCAUCUACAUAGUUUAGGAGUAGAACCGAAGCCUUCUGCACCAAAGGGUGUGUGUGUGUGUGUGUGUGUGUGUGUGUGUGUGUGUGUGUGUGUGUACAACUUAACACUGUAUUUUGUACAGCCUAAUAGAUUUUAUGGAAAAUAUACAACAGAAUCUUAAAUAUGUGCAUUUCUGUCAAAACAAGUAAAAUAUACCAACAUAAAAUUAAACAAAAUGUCAUGGUUUCUGGAAAAAUUGUGUUAUUUAUUGUUUUCAUUUCAUAAAAACAUGCAUAUGACAAGAAUCAGAUGUAUUCUUAAGUUUAACAACAUGAGAAAAUACACAAUAUACAUGUUUACUGUGAGCCAAAUGGCAUAAACUUGUAGGAUUACUGAAGAUAUCUUACAAUAAAAGAACGCAUAUCUAACUGUA